AGAAGAGAUUUGUGCUGUAGUUUUGUUUAACGACCCGUUUUACUUCCAUGCCUUGCAUCAAAACGGUGCGUUUGGAAGUAAUCCAGAUGGGGACACGUGGCUGAACUCUCUCUCUGACUAUAAACUUUUGAGGAGCGAGUUUGUUUGGUUUUGGAUUUUGCCGCGCCUGAGAAAUGGCGACCUCAAUGAGCGUCUUCACCACUUACGCUAUGGCUCGCCCCACCAGAGUCCGAGCCCCACGCACUCCUCGAUCGACGAAGCCGAAACCGCCCAAUCCUAACCCUAAUCACAAGCAGCUCAGGCUUAACCGGACCGCCGCCAAGGAGCUGACCUCCAUCGGAGUCGAGGCCACCACCUUCACUCGCCUCCCGCCCAAAGACGACUUCUCCCUCCCUUCUUCCUUGCUCGAUUUCUCCUCCGCCGAGGAGGUGAAGCUCUCGGAAGCAAGCCUCGCCGUGGAGAAGAAGAAGAAGAAGGUUAAGAAUGUUGAGAAGAAAAAUGAGAUUGAGGAUUUGAGCAUCGAAGAAGAUGACGACGUCGGCGAUGGCGAAUUCGAGGUCUUUGAAGGGAGCUAUGAUUCCGAAUUUGAAGAAAUUGAAGGUGUGGAGUAUGAGUAUGAGGAGAUUGAGAGGCGGAGCGAUGUGGAUGAAGGUGAAUUGGAGGAGGAGGUGAAGGAGAAGGGAGUACCGGCGGUGAUGAGGUGUUUCGACAGAGCGAAAAUCUAUGUGAAGGCGGGGGACGGCGGGAACGGCGUGGUGGCGAUGCGGCGGGAGAAGUUCGUGCCGUUAGGAGGGCCGUCAGGAGGGGACGGAGGGAGAGGAGGGAAUGUGUAUAUAGAGGUGGAUGGAUCGAUGAAUUCAUUGCUGCCGUUUCGGAACAGCGUGCAUUUUCGGGCGGGGAGAGGGGACCAUGGGAGGGGGCAGUCGCAGAAUGGGGCCAAAGGGGAGGAUGUGGUGGUGAAGGUGGCGCCGGGGACGGUGAUUAGGGAGGCCGGGAAGGAGGAGGAGUUGUUGGAGCUGUUGCAUCCGGGGCAACGGGGUUUGUUGCUGCCUGGAGGGAGAGGUGGGAGAGGGAAUGCUUCGUUUAAGUCCGGGGCUAAUAAGGUGCCUAGGAUUGCUGAGAAUGGCGCUGAGGGUCCUGAAAUGUGGUUGGACCUGGAGCUAAAGCUAGUUGCAGAUGUUGGAAUUGUGGGGGCGCCAAAUGCAGGCAAAAGCACAUUGUUGAGUGUUAUAAGUGCUGCACAACCAACAAUAGCAAAUUACCCCUUCACUACUUUACUUCCAAAUCUGGGUGUUGUUUCUUUUGACUAUGACUCGACUAUGGUUGUAGCAGACCUACCAGGUUUACUUGAAGGUGCACACCGGGGUUUUGGAUUGGGCCAUGAGUUUCUGCGCCACACUGAAAGGUGUUCUGUCUUGAUACAUGUUGUUGAUGGCUCAGGCCAGCAGCCAGAAUUUGAGUAUGAUGCAGUUCGUCUGGAAUUGGAACUGUUUAGUCCUGAAAUUGCUGAAAAGCCUUAUAUAGUUGCUUUUAACAAAAUGGACCUUCCAGAUGCAAAUGAACAGUGGCCAUCGUUCAAGGAAAACUUGCAAGCCCGCGGGAUUCAAGUUUUUUGCAUGAGUGCAGUGAAAGGAGAGGGUACUCAUGAGGUUAUCAGCACUGCUUAUCAGCUUCUACAAAGGAGCAAAGUGACCGAGGAGGAAUUCACAGAAGAUCCGGUUGAUUUAAAUCAUGUAGCCGAUAUGGUGCAUAAGCAGCAAACCGCCUCUAUUAACGAGUUUGAGAUCUCUUACGACAGCAGUACCAAUACUUGGCAUGUUGUGGGAGCUGGAUUGCAACGUUUUGUUCAGAUGACAAAUUGGCGAUAUAUGGAUUCUGAGAGGAGAUUCCAACAUGUUUUGGAUGCUUGUGGUGUAAACAAGAAUCUUAAGAAACGUGGUGUCAAAGAAGGUGACACCGUGCUUAUUGGAGAUAUGGAAAUGGUGUGGCAUGAUUCUGUUUCUGGUCCAUCAAAUUUAAAGAAAGGAUCUUCAGAAACAACCAAGUGGGCACAGUUUAAGUGAUCUUCAUAAGUUAUUCAGUGAAGUUAAGCUAACUCGACUUGAGAAGAAGAGGUAUAUGUAUCAGUAUCUCAGUCUCUUGUUUUGGUGUAUUAUA